AAGCCGGGAUAAAGAGUAGCAGCAGAGCCAAAGUAAACUUGGCUAAUUGCCAUAACACACAAUUCGCCGUGCUUAACGGGCGUGAAGAGCGAGCGCUCCGUUAGCCGUAGUGCGCUGUGGGGCACAGUUUGCUGCUGUAGUGCUGUCGCACGCUGUUGCGUCAUGUUGUUAUUUGCAUUUGCGUCGCUGCUCAGCUGCUUGCUGGCAGCUCCACCUGGCAAACCUUGUGGCGAGAACGAGGUGCUUGUCUGUCUGCCCUGCUACGAGGAGAGCUGCUCGGUGCCGUAUUACUCCGACAAUCGCUGCUCCUACACCUGUAAUCUGGACUGCGGCUGCAAGCCUGGCUACGUGCGCCACGAUAAAACCAAUCAGUGUGUGUCAAUGUAUGAGUGCAAUCGACUGUUCAAUUCGCAUGCAAAAUAGAUUAACUCUAUUAAACCAUGAGGCUUGACCGAAAACUUCUCGCUAGGUGUUUUUUUUUUCUUGUUGAGGCUAAAAAAAAGUGUGGCAAACGUUUCUAGCCAUGCGCCCAGUUCAGUUAACAUUCUAUUUGCUGCUCAUUUUAAGCUUGCUCGCAGAGCAGCCAGAGGCGGCAGAUCAGGAAGACCAGGCAGAUCAGGGAGAGCCGGCCAAUCAGACAGAAAAUUCAGAGGAGACAAAGGAGACACCUGAAGAAGACGCCGAAGGUAGGGCUGCGGCGGCAGCGGAGAAAGAGCUGAAUAACGACCCGAAUCCUUUUGAUGAAGCGGCGGAGAUUCUCGAACUACGAAG